ACCUCUUCUUCCACUUCAUCCACAUCAUUAUUAAUAUAUCAAUGUCCGUCUCAAAAACGAGACAAAAAAGCCCUCGAUCGUCCAUGAUGCAAUCCCACAUCAGCCCCACAUCCUCCACAUGUUCGUCACGAUAAGGGCUUCAGCAUAAAUGGAUCUAUUCUCCAUUCUGCUCCUCUCUUCAUCCAUUGUAUUUACUACUAUUCUUGUUUGACGAUAUCUUCAUGAUGACAGAAACCGUUCGUCCAGCCUUUGAAGGUCGUCCUCAUCCUCUUCUCUCCUAUGGCGUUCCCUUCCCCACCGCCGCUGCCCACCAUGUCACCCAUACCUUUAACGCUUCCCGAGUCUAUGUGAUCUGCUCUGGAUCCUUGGCUCGAAACACCGAUUACCUGGAUCAAUUGAAGACAGCCUUGGGCGAAGGCCGGGUGGUAGGAACACGGAUUGGGAUGCAAAGCCACACGCUGUGGUCCGAGGUGGUGCAGAUCGUGAACGAUGCCCGAGAUGUGCAGGCGGAUUUGAUCCUGACUCUGGGAGCUGGGUCGUUGACGGAUGGAGCCAAGAUAAUUGCAUUUGCUCUAGCCAACAAUGUCCAUACCGCUGCAGACCUCUCCACCCUCGCCCAAGGCCCCAACAAACGCCCUGAAAUCAACCCCCCUUCUAUCCCCAUCAUCUCCGUACCGACCUCUCUCUCCGCAGGUGAAUAUUCCAACUUUGCCGGUGGUACUGAGGAUUCCUCCCGUCGCAAGCACAGCUUCCAGAAACCCCUGCGUGGACCCCAGUUGGUCAUCCUCGACCCAACUCUCACGAUCACCACCCCAGACUCUAUCUGGCUCAGCAGUGGUGUGCGCGCUGUGGACCAUUGUGUCGAGACACUGUGCGCAGUUAUUGGCGUCACAGACAAGUCGGACGCAUUGGCUCGGCAUGCGCUGGGUCUGCUGGUGCCGGGAUUGUUGAAGACCAAACAGGACCGCGAGGAUCGAGAAGCAAGACUACAAUGUCAGUUGGGAUCGGUGGAUGCCAUGGCUGCUUGUACGAGUGGGUCAGUAGAACUGGGAGCUAGCCAUGGAAUUGGGCAUCAGCUUGGUCCCCUAGGAGUCGGCCACGGCGAAACUAGCUGCAUUCUUCUUCCGGCCGCCUGCAAAUUCAACGUCAACCACAACGCCAACCGAGACCGCCAGGAGCAAGUCCGCAAGUUCCUGGUGGAAGACGCGGUUGUUUCCUCCGUCCUUCAGAAACAGAGCGUGGACAUUUCCAAGGCCGAUCUGGGAGAUCUAUUGGAUGCUGUGAUUCGGGAAUUGGGCAUGCCACGAUCGUUGCACGAGGUGGGGGUGGGACGAGACAAGUUGGAUGCAUUGGCAGCGCACAGUUUGCAUGAUCGAUGGUGCAAAUCGAACCCGGUGCCGUUGACAGAAAAGGCGCAGGUUCUGGAGAUUCUGGAAAUGGUGGUCUAACGCUAUAUACGGCACGGAUUUGGUCAUCUUCUUCUCCUCACUUUCAAUUUACUUUACCCGUCAACCCCACAUGCUUAGCAAUCAACCUUCAACUUGAAUAGUAUAUAGGCGAUAUACAUCACCUUCAGAUAUGAUUGAAAAUAGACAAUAUCA